AUGUCACUGCCGCGAUUCCAUACUGCCGCAGCGCGUAUGCAAUUCCGCGGCCUCAGCUUACGGCAUGGCAUCAAACCCCGAGCCCAUUCCACAUCUUCAAGUGCCAACAAGAAAGGGCAACUGCCAAACACAAAGACGAGGCCAAACAACACAAAGCCAAAGACGACGUCGCCAACCGCUUCGGCCGCGUCGUCUCCAUUCCUGCCGCCUAUUUGGCAGCGCUUAGGGCCUCUGACCACUGCAGCCAAUGCAUAUAGUCGAUCGCAGCGAAACCGGCCAUACGCCACGCAAAUCGUAGGCGCUGUGGUCAUCUAUCUCUGUGCCGACCUGAGCGCUCAAGGUAUCGGCGGAAGAGAAUAUGACCCCAAGAGGACGGCGCGGACGCUUCUCAUAGGAUUCGUCGCUGCCAUUCCCUACUUUCACUGGUUCCGCUUUCUCAGUGGCAGUUUCAACUAUGCGUCCAAGACGCUCUCUAUAGCCGCCAAGGUCGUUGUCAACCAGCUCUUCUUCACGCCCACCUUCAGCACGUACUUCUUCGGUGCCCAGGCUCUCCUCUCGGGUGAAACCUUGGAGGCCACCGUGCAGCGCAUUCGCGAUACCGUCCCCACCAGCUGGCUCAACUCGUUCAAGGUGUGGCCUGCGGCUGUGGCCUUCAGCAUGGCCUUCUUGCCCUUUGAGUUCAGAAGCAUCUUCUCGGGCGUCGUGGCCGUCGGGUGGCAGACCUACCUGAGCUACCUGAAUAGACAAGCCGAGCUGCUGGAAGAGGCUAGGAUGCUGGCCGAGGGUACAGUCUAUGCGGAGACGGCGCUGUAG